AUGUCUGUCCAUUCGCCUCAAAGCACACUCCCGACUCGUUCGACCACAAACAACAGCAAUGAGGACGAUGCCAUCCCGGAUGAGGACAGCAGUGAAGUCACAAAACUCUUCAACGAGCGUCUGCAGGCAUACAAACAUGCUUGUGGAUACCUUGAGGACUAUGUACAGCAGACGGAGAAGAUGCAGCAUGCUCAUGGCAAAGAGUAUGAGAAGGUUCUGAAGACUGUCUCUCACCCGUUGAAGGAGGGCCACCAUUUCGAACAGAACCUCGGUGGCAUCGCUGGCAUGUUUGACAACAUUCGAAGCAACACCCAGGGCAUCUCCAACAGCCACUACGAGACUGCUAAAACACUGAAGGGCAGCGUCCUACCCAUCUUCGAGCGUCUGCACAAUGAGAUCAAGAACAAGACCAAGGAGUUGACCAAGGGGGCUGGGAAGGGUGCCAAGGCUUGUCGACAAGGCCCGAGCGACUUCGCAGAAGCACAUCGAGCUCCUCGGCUCAACAAGCAGGUCAUUGAGGAGAACAGCAACCGUGAUGACCUUCUCUCCGUCCAGAACAGCUUCGCUCAGUUCGAGGCUCACGUUGUGCAGAUAAUCCAGAACGGUCUGAACCAAUUCAACCAAUGCCUCGGCCACCAAGCCGAGCAGACCCGCUUCAUGUAUAAUGACAUUGUCGGCACUACUCAACGUAUGACACCCGACUUUGAAUGGAAUGGCUUCAUCAAGCGCAACAACAAUGUCCUCAUCGACCCGAGCGCGCCAAAGCGAAGUGUAGAGAACAUCGCCUUCCCGAACCAGGACCAUCGCUCUACCCAGCCUCUGAUCGCUGGCUCCCUCGAGAAGAAGGGCAAGCUACUGAAGAAGUAUGAGACCUCCUUCUACGUCGUCACGCCCGCUCGCUUCCUCCACGAAUUUAAGACGGACGAUGAUUUCUCUAAGGAUCCUACGCCUGAGAACAGUCUGUACCUACCUGACUGCAUGAUCGGCUCUGUCAGUGGCAACGAUUUCACAGUCAAGGGUAAGGACGCAAGCAAGGGUGGCAUUGGUGGCAAGCUGGCCAUGAGCAAGGAAUUCGCACUUCGCGCGCACACGCCUCAAGACGCGAUGAAGUGGCAUCAGGUUAUUGCUUCCGUGGCGGGCGGCUCGAACGACGAGAAGCCUGAGACUUCUGCCCCUAGCUCGCCGGCUAUGGCUAGGAAUGAGGCAGGGUAUGCUAGUUCGGCUGGUUCGCCGAGCACGUACUCCGGUAGCACAGCUGCGCCGGCUUACGAGCAAGGUGCUGGGGCUGGCUCUCACAUGACGACUGCUGGGAAGGAGGCUGCUGGGUAUGGUAGCCAUGGUGCCGGGCCAGGUACACAGGGCGCUGGUUUCGGGCACACCGAUGCUGGGCUUGGUCAAUCAAGCGCUGGUGUGGGACAACAGGGCUCUGGAUACCACGGAGCUCCGCUGGGCGACAAGACCAUGUAA